GAGUGAUCAGUGCUAGUGUGGCGGAGGGAUACACAGGCAAUCCCCAUUCUGGCCACGGCCAAUAUACACACUCCUAACCCGCCAGUGGAACUCCAUCUAAGGAACGACCACACUCUGCCUCCACAGACCAACAAGCACACAACCCAUCCGACAUGGCUGACCAACUAACAGAGGAGCAGAUCGCAGAGUUCAAGGAGGCUUUCUCCUUAUUCGACAAGGAUGGCGACGGCACCAUCACCACCAAAGAGCUGGGCACAGUCAUGAGGUCGCUGGGCCAGAACCCGACAGAGGCCGAACUGCAGGACAUGAUCAACGAGGUGGACGCUGACGGUAAUGGAACCAUCGACUUCCCCGAGUUCCUGACCAUGAUGGCCAGAAAAAUGAAGGACACAGACAGCGAGGAGGAGAUCCGCGAGGCUUUCCGGGUAUUCGACAAGGACGGAAACGGCUACAUCAGCGCCGCAGAGCUCCGUCACGUCAUGACGAACCUGGGGGAGAAGCUAACAGACGAGGAGGUGGACGAGAUGAUCAGAGAAGCAGACAUCGACGGAGACGGACAGGUCAACUACGAAGAGUUUGUACAGAUGAUGACUGCAAAGUGAAGCUUGCCUGCCCCGUCCUGUCCCCUCUUAGAAGAAAAAAAAAAGGAAAAAAAAAUCAAAAUGUUUUACUUACCUCUUGGAAAAAAAUGUUCAUUUAUUCAUACUGUUUCUGUAUAGAAAAUAAU